CAAGCUUUGUAAUAAAGCAGCCUUGACGAAAUUUGGCGCGGCAUAAGCUACGCGAUUUUCCCGCGUUUCUACUUUCUCGCUUUUGUUUGGCUUCAGCCAUAUUUGCGGCAUUUGGGAGCUCUAUAGUCUUGGGCAUUUGUUGGUUGCAAGCCAUCUAUAGAGCUUUGUAAUUUGGUGGGUUGCGGGUUUUGUGGAGAUUGCUGCAGGGGAAUGACGUGGAUCUUUAUAAUGUAACGGAGCUUACGACUGCUGGAAUAUUGUGCAGUGAUCUAUAGCUCAGUUUUGUGAAACAUAAGCUUGUCUUUUCUUGAAAUCUCGCCGCCGCGCCGCGCGAUGACGGGCGGCCAGAAGUUCUGUCUGCGCUGGGACGGCUUCAAGUCGCGGCUGUCGUCAGUGUUUGACGAACUGCGCCGGGAGGAAGAGCUGCUGGACGUGACACUCUGCUGCGAUGGCGGACACGCCGUCAAGGCCCACCAGAUCCUGCUGUCGGCCAGCAGUCCCAGCCUCCGCCAGCUGCUCAAGUCGAACCCAUGUCAGCACCCGGUGUUCUUCCUGAAGGAGACCUCGGCGGAGGACCUGCAUGCCAUUAUCCAGUUCAUCUACUGCGGAGAGGUGAACGUGGUCCAGAGCCAGCUGGCCAGCUUCAUCAAGACGGCAGAGAUGCUGCAGAUCAGGGGUCUGAGCGGCGACAGCGACGGAGAUGAAGAUCAGACACCGACUGCUACGGCGCCGCGGCAGAGCUCGGCGCCGCCACCUCGCGAGGCGGAUCAGCCCGCACCCGCCGAGGCUCGACCGAGCAAACGACGACGCCGCCGCUCCAGUGGAACGUCCGACCUGUCCGCGACCUAUGACGCAUCCUCGAGCGCGUCCGCCACCGCAUCCGUGACCGCAUCCUCCAAGACCGCCGCCGGCGGCGUCCCUGCUGCCGCCUCCGCCGCUGCCACCGGCUCCAAGUCUGCUAUUCCGUCAACUAACGUCAGCACAGAUAACAGAGUGGUCGCAGAUGUCCCGAAAGCCGCAUCCGCCUCGGUGAUCGCUGCUGAUGUGAACGUUGUCAGCCUGGAUGAUAUAAAGACUGAGCAGGUGGAUCUCUCAGAUGACGAAGGGCGCUCUAUGGAUGACCCGCUGGGCUUCUUCUCGAGCUUUGAGGGACAUGUCGAUGCCAGCAGUGCCGCCGGCCCGUCGUCUCGCCACUCGCAUGGAGGACCGUCCACAGCUGCAGGGCCGUCAGGACAGGCUGGAGCGACGGCAGCGGGUGAACCAACUGCGCAAGAGGGGUGUCGAUCUCUCCGGAAGCCGCGGGGGUCCAACCAGCGUCAGUCCAGUGACGCCAACGUAUUCGCGGUGAUCGAUCUGGACAAACCGCCGAAGAGGUCGGUGCCGCGGGCACGGUUCAAAAACUUUAAGUCAGCCGUCGAAGCGAGCAACCUAGAGUUUCUCACUUUGUUACCGGAGGUUGAGAGCGAUAUGCCUCCAUUAACCGAGAAACAGGUCUUGACACCUGAGCUGGAUGUGCACAUCCUGCCCUCCAACAUCAUUCGCAAGUUGGCCAGACGAGACCCUCUGUCGAAAAACGACUGGCGAGAAAUGAUGAAUUCUAUUCAUCAGCGGUAUUCGCCCUACGAUCACUACAUUCGCAAAGCUCGUCACUGGUAUGUGGGCUUGGCUCAGUCCAUCAUCGACCAGUUCCCGUUCGCGCUCCCUAACAUGGAGAGACAGGAUGCACUGGACAUCGUUUGUGGCCGGCUGAAAAACAAGUUUAGGAACAGCCGAAGGCCUACAGACAGGUAUAAAAAGCGGCAUGACCUCUCUGGUGUAGAACGCUCGCCAGGGUCCUCUACUACUUGGCAAAACAGUGACGAGAAAGCGACUGAGGCGUCGAACGACCCCAAUAUCACAUCACUGGAGCAACAGAGUGACGGGAGCACUGGGGCGAAGGGAAGUGAUGUCAAGGCGACCAGAACGCCGCAAAUCCCCGACAUAGACCAAGUCUCAGAUCAUGGUUCUGAAGAACCAUUAAUAGCAGAUGAUGUGGACGUUAGUGAGGAAGAUGAUGGCGAUGAAGCUACGUAGAGGUCAAUUUUUCGAAUUCCAAUACCGAUGACGUGAAUCGCUCCCGCGUUCUACGUAAAUAGUUGAGAUUGCUUUGAGUACGGCACAGAAUUGACGUGUGAUGUUUUGAGUUGUUUUUGGCUAAGAAUGGUUGGUGUACUGAAUACGGCCUUACUGUCUCUGAGGUAAACGGGCUGCUAUGCAGUCGUGGAAGGGAAUGCUAAGAAAUAUAAUUGACAUUCGAUAACUUGACUAGCUAAUCAAGAAGCAUUUGUUUCAGCAUGGAGCGUCCUCUGCAGCUAACUUUUUAUAGUAAAGUUAGAUUCAUGUUUUACAUUGGUUUGUCUGUCAGCGUCGGACAUGCUUCUGUAUAGCUUCUGUAGCUUCUGUAUGUCAUGUACUUGUUGUCAUCUUUUGCGGUCUUCAAUACAGAUCUGAUACGCUAUUUCA